AUGAACUCCCACGAAAUCAUGUCUGACCCAGCCGCCCCAAUGUCAGACUCCCAACAGCAGCACGCUUCCAAAGCGGCCGCCUGGAACACAGAGAAGUUUCGCGAGGAGUACGAGGUAUACAAGAACCGGCUCCAGGACCAAAAAUUCAGCAUUGCUGACUACCCCGACCCGCUCUCCCCUCGACCGCCCCAUCCCAAGCAGUAUCCCAAGGGGACGAACCCUGAGCUGGAGCGGAAACUACACGAAUUGAUUGCUCAGGUCAAGGCUCGCGCUGGCGGCAGUGGGGUGGUUGCUUGA